AUGGGGAUUGUGAUUCAAGUUCUAUAUGCGUUGACAGUUGCUUCAGAGACAUUUUGUCGGACAGUAAAACUCACAGAUCCUAAAAUAGUCUCACCUUGUAACAAUUCAGCACGAGCCAACAAGGACAAUUUUACAGCUACUGUUCUGGGUCAAGAACUGGUACCCAGGAAUGCCCCGGAUGACUGGGCUGGGAUUAUGGAUCUAAGCGUAGUGAGGCCAGGUCAUUUUCUUUCUAAAAUU